AUGCGGGGAAAAGCUAGGCAAGGAAUCCCAUGGACUGUAGUGGUAAAAAAAAGUAUUUAUUAUCCUUACAACUCAUGCAGAGUUGGACAUGGAGAAGAUCGAGCAGCUGCUUUUGAGUUUGAUUUGGCAAUAUUCUCUCCUUUGAUCAAGCUAGAAGCAAUUCUAAAUAUUGUAAAAGAAGGUGGCUAUGAUCACAAGGUGAAUGAAACUGUAAACGUUGUAACUGCAAAAACAACAGAAAUUGGAAAUAGGACAUGGGGGAUGAUGAAAGGGGUAAUGGCAAUGGCUUCACAAAAGGUCGAGGAGUACACUAAAGAAGGCUGGAACAAUGACAACUGGCAACGAAAUGAUAGUCAGAGUAAUGGAUAUUAUCAAGAGUUCAAUAAGCAGGAAAAUAAAGGAUGGAAUUCUUCUCCUGGUGGACAAUCCUCGAGUGGGCAUCAUAAUUCUUAUAACUCAAGUUCUUGGGAUGACUGGGACCAGAAAGACAACAGGAAGGAAGAUAGCAUAAAGUCGCCUGCAUCGCAUAGCAGUGAUGGUUGGGCAGGUUGGGACGAUGCCAAAGAUGAUGGAUAUGAUGAUAAUUUCCACCAUAGCACUCCCAGUAAGGAAUCCGCUAGUCACAAUGGAAAGUCAGAUGCCUCAUGGACGGGGGAGGCUUUCUUUAGUUCUCGAACUGAUGCUUGGCAGGCUGCAACGAUGACAGAAGUGAUGAAUAUGAAUUUACACUACGGUGCAGCAGAUUAG